UUUUAAUUGGUCCGUAAUUGAAUCCAGAAAAAAUGUCGUAUGCUCCUGCAGUAAGUUUACACACAGAAAAUUUAAUUUGGAUUAAGGUUGUACAUUUGAUUUUUUAAAUUGUCUUAUUCUCAAUAUUAUUACCUUUAUUUUAAGUUGGUGAUGUCGGUCUUUGUGGCUGCUGAAGCCCUCCCACCCCAACCCACGGGAAGCACUCCCACCCCAACCGCCAUCCCGCCAACCACAACCGGCUCCUCAUCAACCAAGGCAACGGAGGCGUGCUAGGCCACCAAUUUUCCGCACCCGUGUCCUACUUUUUGGGAUGCCAGAUGAUGUUGUUGUGCGUAGAUACAGGCUGCCACCACAUCUAAUCCUAGACACUCUCUCCAUAAUAGAGAGUGAUCUGGAGUCUUCAAUUCGGUAUCCUACAGCAAUACCACCAUUGACACAAUUCCUUGCUGUGUUACAUUUUGUGGCCACAGGGUCAUUUCAGCAUGUUGUUGGAGACCUGGUUGGCAUGUCGCAGGGCCAGUUUAGUAAGGUCCUGCGGCGUGUCAGCCAGGCUUUCAUAAAGCGUGUGAAGCAAUUUAUUGCUAUGCCUCUGGAUGAUGGUGCCCUAGAUGUGGUGAAGCGGCAAUUUGAGGAAGGUGGUAGUCGCUUCCCACAUGUUAUUGGGGUUGUGGAUGGCACACAUGUAGCUAUUGUGCCACCAAGACAUAAUGAAGAAAUUUAUAGAAACAGGAAACUGUUUCAUUCUCUGAAUGUAAUGGUUGUUUGUGGGCCAUCCCUCCAGAUCCUUUCCCUGAAUGCCAAGUUUCCCGGAAACUCGCAUGAUGCUUAUGUCAUUAGACAAUCAGGGAUAUGGCACAGAUUAAGAUCAAGUCAACGAGCAGACAUGUGGUUAUUGGGAGACCGUGGAUAUCCUUGCACCCCCUGGCUCAUGACUCCUUACCGUAAUCCCAGGCCAGGACCACAGACGGCAUUUAACUCCGCGCUUACUGCCACUAGACAGCUGGUGGAGCGCACAAUUGGGGUCCUUAAAGGCCGUUUUCGUGUGCUCCACUGCACUGGUGGCGACAUCAUGUAUUCGCCGGAGAUGGCAAGUAAAAUAGUGGUCCUGUGCGCUAUACUACAUAACAUCGCGGUAAGGAGUAGCGUAGAGCUUCCUCAGACAGAGGAAUUGCCAGAUGAGGAGCCAGGGGUUGUCCGUCGAUUCGGUGGGGGGAGUGUUUCACGGAGGGGAAGCCAAGUCAGGGCAAGCAUUGUUGAAGAAUAUUUCAGCUGAAUUAUCACACAAAAUGUGGUCGAGCACAACGGCAAGCUGAUGCAGGGAGGCAACAACAUGGCCCUUCUCAGCCCCCUCCCCUUCUCAGUCCCCCUCCCCUUCUCAGUCCCCCUCCCCUUCUCAGUCCCCCUCCCCUUCCCAAUCCCCCUCCCCUUCCCAGUCCCCCUCAGCUUCCCAGUCCCCCUCAGCUUCCCAGUCCCCCUCAGCUUCCCAGUCCCCCUCAGCUUCCCACUACCCUUCUCAGCCCACCUCUCCUUCUCCUUCUGUGCCCCCUUCUCCUCCUUACCAGUCCCCUUCUCCUUCUCCUUCAAAAUCCCCUUCUCAGCCCCCCUCAACCUCGAUUGGCCAAACAUUCUCUCCGCCCCCCUCGCCCUCACAAUCAGACCCACCCUCAGAACAAACAUCCCCAAUCCCUCCUCCUUCCCCAUCCCUCCUCCUUCCCCCAUCCCGCCUCCUUCCCCCAUCCAGACUCCUUCCCCCAUCCAGCCUCUUUCCCCCAUCCAGCUGCCAUCACCACCCAGCGAAUGGGCAGAAGAAGCCCCUGAUGGGCUAAGUGACAAUGUUGCAGAGGAAAAUGCUGCAGUUGGAGAUCCCAGAACUUUAAAAUCACUUUUAGGACGCCUAAAAUCACAUUUAAGGGAUGUCAUAUCCGACAUUGAGGAGAUUGAAAAUGUCCUUUAAUUUUCUUUUGUACAUUUUGAUAAAAAUUACAUUUCUUUACACAAAAAAAAAAAAUGUUGACGUUAAGUGGGUGUUGUGUUUAUUUAUGCUAUAAAGGAACAGCACAUUGGCGUGCAGAAAUUGGUGACCUUAAACAGUUCACACAUCUUACUUAAGAUUACAAACAUAAAAAUAGAACACAAAAAUGUUUACAUACAAAACCAGUUAGGAGGUUAUGGAUUCUAAAUACAUGAAAAUACAUUUAUUCACACACUACACAUAUACACAAUACUUCAAACAUUUGCAUUACAGCGUGAAAAAUACCCAUAUCUAUAUUUGUCACUUUUCAACAACAAUGUUUCUGGCCAAUUAUGGCUACAAAGUGUUCUUCUGGUAUUCUUUGGAGACUUAAUUGGUCAGGACCCUUGUCAUUAAUUACACUAAUUGGGUUCGUAAUUGAGGAGGGCUUGUGGACUUUUAAGAGAAAGGUGUAAUUCCACUGAUUAGGGAAAAAAAAACCAUUGUGGUGCGUUUGUCCGCAAAAGUGUGCACUUUUAAGAUGGAUGUGUCAAUCUACUAAAACUUAGUAUUUUUACGAUGAAGUAUGUGUUAAUGCGAUAGUUUCGUAUUGCUGCGAUGGUUUCGCAUUGCUGCGAUGUCAUUUGGCGUACGCCCACUUUGUGUAAUACUGCGUACGAAUGAGCAAAAAUACGUUGGGGGCGGAAUUUCGCAAUUUUGCUAUAUGUUCGCAAUUUUACACAAACCUUGUGCGAACGAAAAAAAUAGCGAACAACUCGGAAUGACCUCCUCUAUCUGUAGUACUUGCUUUAGUUAUUGCUUAUGUUGCACAAAGGUUGUGUUUCGGCUGUGGUCAGCCUGUUGCUGAUUUUAGUUCAUUCCGUUAACUGGUAUUUACUUAAAAGCCAUGUUGUACGGUGUGUGUGGUGUGAGCUGGUAUGUGUCUCACCCUUAGUUAACAAAAAUCCUUUUCCUCGAAAUGUCCGUCUCCCUGGGCACAGUUCCUAUAACUGAGGUCUGGAGGAGGGGCAUAGAGGGAGGAACCCAUUUAAAGUCUUAAAGUGUUCAUGUCUCCUGCAGAUCCCGUCUAUACCCCAUGGUCCUUUUGGAGUCCCCAGC